AAUUGAGAUCUUAACACGGGCAUCUUUAACUAUUAGCGAGCCGCUGCGAGUCAGUGAGAGUUUCCCCGGCGACAACAAAGGCAUCCCUCUAUAGCCAGCGCAACAUCCGCCACGAUGUCGACCCCAUCACCAGCCCUCCGUGUUCCCCUCACCACCUGCCGCAUCCUUCGUUCCAACACAACCAAAUGCGUUCCCCGACGACAACCACCGUACUUGAGGGUACAGACACCACUCCUCCGCCUGCCGUCCACCACCACCAUCACCACCACCGCCUGCUGCAACAACAACAACAACAACAACAACAACAACAACAACAGCAACCGAGAUGCUCCUGUGCCCAGCUACCACCGCGCGGUGCACACGUCCCCGCCAACGGACCGACAGCGCAAACAGCUCGCCCACAACCGCGAAGAGGUUCCUGACCAGCCGCCGCCCACUGACUUCGGCCAGAUGGACUUGCUGGGCUCCACCCCGGUGCCGUCGACGGCCGUGACGGCCUGCCACGAGGACGGCUUCUCGCUCGAUUCUGGCAUCCACAUCACGGGUGGGGACGGGGCACUCCUCGUGGGCGGCGAGGCGUUUGCUUGGCGCCCGUGGAGCAGCACAAGUACACCAAAAGGGGGGAGGAAAUUGGUGAAUGACAAGGGCCAAUGGGAGGUGGUUGAGGAAGGGUUUGCGCUUUUGGGGGUUGUUUGGCCUAGGCCUGAUCUGCUGAUACUGGGGUUGGGCCCGGAGAUGAGGCCGCUGAGUCCUGCCACGAGGAGGACAAUCAGCAACCUCGGCAUGAACGUAGAGGUGCUGGACACGAGAAACGCGGCGAACCAGUAUAACAUGCUCGCGACCGAGCGCGGGGUGGAUAAUGUUGCUGCGGCGUUGAUACCGAUUGGGUGGAAGGAGGGUGCGCAAUAGAGUCCGAUUGAGGGAACGACGUGUGCCUGUGAAGAACAGCUACCAGGUAGGGAACCAGUUGUUGUACGGUAUGAUACCCGACGGAAAGGUAAAUAAAUACUGGCGCAGCUAGACCUGGUUUAAGAAGGCCACUUCUCCUGAGAAUGACUAAUGAGAGAUCAUUCGAAGACGACACAGCAUUUUGUUAUCUUGAACGACGGGAACACGCGGAAUAACGGUAUACUCAAUACUUGAGGGAAUGGGAAAUCACAGCAGGUUCCUCGGACACAGGGACACGUUUCCCAAGAAUCCCAACCCAAGGACAGCUCGAGUCCCCCUUCAUUAAAAACCCCCCACGUUUCCGUUUUUUUACCGUCCCUAUCUCUAUUUUGCGACCGUGCCCGCCGUUAUCGUGAAC